UGGUCUUUCACUCUGUGAUGGUCCGUUGCUGGAGUAGUUCGCAUGAACGCUCCUUUCGACGUAGGGUUCGUAGCACAUGUAAGGUUAAUGAGGACGCAUGGAAAAGUGAGCUUACAUGCCUCAAGUAAUAAGGUAUUGUAUUGCAUUCUAUUGUAUUGCUAUAUAGUCCUGCCGGUGUGCUCGCAGUAACUUUUUUGUUCCAGUCGUCACUGUUCGUGUACUUGCACAGUUAAGCCUAGGCGUGUUGUGCGAGAGACCCGAGGCUGGUUGUGCUAUUUCUAUAAAGCCAAAAGACGUUCAAGCCCUAAAGAACUACAAGCAGAUUUACAAGAAGCUCAUGAUGUGUUCUUUAAUAUUGCAAAUCUGCAGAUUUAAAUGAAGCGUAUGAUGUGUUCUGUAGUAUUGCAAAUAUUAUUCUAUUUCAGAUCAUGUGGCAAAGAUGAAUGCGUUUGCGACCCGACCCGGUUGCAAAGUCGCGCAACUCCCCAGCUGUCACCACUAUUCCAGAAGCAACAGGUAUUGAAAGCAUCGAAGUUUACGAAGCGAUCUCUGCGCUUGAGAACCCCUUAAGAGGCGUUUGCAUACUUAAUGCAGUUGUUCGAACAUGUGUGCGGAUGCUAUUCCAUGUGGGAAACAUUGGUCUACAAAGACCGCACCAUGGCAGGAAGAGCAGCUCGGCCUGGAGAUGUUUCUCUUCCCUGUUCGCAGCGGGUGCGCCAGAAGCUCAAACCUCGGAGACAGCUCUCGAAGACUUGCUCACCCGCGACUCUUCCCGCAUGCUCCACCCGAUGCUGCACCUGGCUUUCGGCUGCACCUGCCUGCUGGGGCUCGUCGUGGCCUUCGCCGUCGGCAUCGUCCUCCUCAUCGUGAAGGCCGCGAGAGCCCGACCGCCUAACGUCACAGAGGCAUCCGGUGUGAUAGACAAGUACAGCAUCAAUCUUGUUUCCACGCCGGGUGAACAGGAGUUGCGGGAGGCCGCCGACAAGAGCGACUACGCGUGGCCCUUCGGUGAGCAGCUGUCAAAAACUGAUCAACCUCACGGCGAAUGGCUGAACACGGCGCCGCCUCCUGGAGUGCCGCGGCGACGCAUCCCUGAAGCGUUGUUGGGCGCCGACUAAUAGUUUGCGUGGUUUUGCGCGCACUAGAGCUCAUUAUUGCAUCAAAUUAAAUAUAUUUAAAAAAAGGCGCGUGUGUCAUGACGCGAAGCUGCGCAGAAAAGCUGGUGACGACAUAGCUCCCGAGGACUACGUCAGCACGUGACAGCUCCGCAUAUUCACUGUAAACCGAUUUGCACCCUUA